CACCGGUGUUUCAGGUUGCAGUGUCUCUCAUUACUUUACUUAUUAUAUAUCCAUCAUCAGCAGCAUAUACCACUUGCUUUACUUAUCGUUCGUUAAUGGUAUCCACCUACCAGCAACUUCCUGCAGUAUUAAGAAAGUGAAUUACAAUGAGCAGGCACUUUUCUACCGGUUAUGUUUUCCUGGUGCUCGGUCUCGUGCCUGCUUUUGCGCAGUUCUUAGGGCCUUCUCAAGCACCACCCCAUAUUGAUCCAAUUAGAAACCGUCACCUUUCUCCCCAACAACAGAGUCACAUCCUCAGCGAUAUUCAACAGCAUCAGCACAGAUUUAGUUUUGCAAAUGAACCAUCUCCAGCAGCACAGCCACAAGUCAAUCCCACCCCCAACUGGCAAUCCUUUCCACCCUAUUCCGAAUUCGGCUCACCCAGUGCCAACAAACCAGUGAUCGCUGAUGAAUUCGCAAAUUUCGACCCUUACACAUUCAAUUUCCGUACGGAGAAACCAGAUCCAGAAAAAGAGAAACAAAAGCUGAAGGAACAAAAGGAAAAGCAAGCAAUUAUAGAAAAACAUAAUCAAUUUGUCGAAAGGCAGUACGAGAAAGCUUUAAAAAAGGCGCAAGAAGACCAUGAAGAGUUUUUACGAAAGCAGAGAGAUCAAAGGAGGAAAUUAAAUCAGAAGUUCCAAAAAAUAAGGAGCAAUUCGCCGAUAUUUAGCCAAAAUGGUCCCAGAUUCCUGUAUCCAGAGGAGACCCCUCUUUUCGAAAAAGCAGUCCAGAAAUAUUACGAAGAGCAUCCAACAACUACUACUACAACCACAACCACCACAACAACAGAAAGACCUGAAUCUUUAGAAGAUGAUGACGAUGACAAUUUCGACAUCAAAUCAAAAUCGAAAGACGAAUCCUUAUUACAAGGUAGUAACUCUGACACUCUCAAAAAGCUACAAAUCCAGGACAAAAAGACCAACGAUCUUUCUGGAUCUCAGGAACAAACAGCUUCAUCAAAUACAGUGAGGUACAUACAAAGCAUCGACGACUUGGAAUCCUUGAAGCAACAGUACAAAAAUCAGCAGAUCAAUAAGGACGACAUUCUUUCACAAAUCCGCCUGGCAAUCGGCGGAAAUCCUGAAGAUGCUUUCGAAAAGAAUGCAACCACCAGAGAGAUCUCGCUACCCGGUGGCGAAAAAGUUCAAAUAUUUAAAACAACAAACCCAAACCUUUUACAAUCAGGAUCAUUAGACGGAUUCUUACUACAACCAACGACGACAACAACAACUACCACCACAACAACAAACAGACCUCCGUCCGAAAUACUCCAAGAACUCACAAAAGGUGUACUUCCACCUGGUGUAAAUUACGACCUCCUUAAACCGGGAGAAAAUGGCAACCUCGAAAAGAUUAGCAAUCCAGGAAACCUACCCGGCGAAAGAAAAAUAACUUUCGUACUUUUAGAAGAACAAGACGACGGCAGUUUUAAGGUUCAAGGAGUUAAAGGCGGAGAAAAGGAAAGCGUAGAUGUGGAUUCUGUGUUGAAGAAAAUUAAAGAAGGAGAAAUUAAAAUACCACAGCCUUCAAGACCUCCUACACCACCUCCUACUAGAACCACAACCGUUCCAACCACCAGAAGAACAACAACUAGUCAACCAAUCACUUCUACUCAAAGGCCAACACUUCCAACUAUUGACAAUAUUAGGUUUACCAAUCCACAGAUAUCCGUACUACCAAACUCUUUUGCCCAAUCUGCCAAUGACGAAGUUUCCUCGUUAUUAAUUCCCUCGAGUAGUAGCAUCCCUCAACAGAUCUACACAACAACACCGAAGCCUUCCCCAACCACUAUCCUUUAUAACACGUACCCAAGUACCUCAAGGGAAUCGGUAUCUCCAUUACUCUCCCAAACUUAUUCGAAUUCACCAGAAAUUCUAGUUCGAAGUAAUUCCAACUCGUAUCAAGACCUACAACAAGGCGCUUCGAUAGCAUCUCCUCUAAAUCCCCAUAUUUCGCAAGAACAUGCAUUUCGAAUCUCGUCGACCUCUCCCCCAGAAAUAUUAGACUCCGUUUCGCAAGAAAAGCCACCUUCCUUCAAGCGCCAAAGUGUCCAUGCAGAACAGGAAACUACAGAAGGCAAUGUGGAACAACCUAAACCACCAACUGCUCCAGAUUUUCCAGAUAUCCUGAAGAAGCAUGCGCUACAUGCAAUGGCGCGGUUUUUGAAACAGUCAGGAUUAGACACUAUCCUUAACGAAACAGGACCUUACACUGUUUUCGUGCCCAGCGAUAAGGCUUUCAAGCAGUUGCUGAUUCAACUAGGGGGACCAGAAAAAGCUGAAGAAAAAUUCAAGGAAAAUCCACGACUUUUAAGUGGCUUACUAUUACAUCACGUUAUACCUGGAGCGUUUACGUUAGAGUCCUUGCAGGACGAAAUGACGGGUGUGUCUUUAGCGGGAACUCAGUUGAGAGUCAAUCAAUACAACAUGCAUGAUGAUGAAUGGAAUGAUAUUAAAGUGACAACUAUCAACGGUGCCCAACUUCUUGAUGAUAAAAAGAACAUCGAAAUUCCUCAAGGAGUCGCUCAUGCAAUCGACAAAGUUAUGUUUCCCCUUCCUGUAGGAGAUUUAAUACAAACUCUCCAAUCUGAUCGGGAAAAAAGAUUUACGCAAUUUCUGAAAGCUCUGUUUGCCUCCAAUGUUGCGGAAACCCUUCAAGGUACAAAAACAUAUACAGUUUUUGCCCCAACGGACAAAGCUCUCGCCACGUUACCUCCAGAAGAAGUUAACAGAAUAGUGACAGAUAAAAAUUUGUCUAAAGAAUUUGUUUUACGACAUAUAAUACCGGGAAGUUUAUUCACGCACGGUAUGAGAUACUAUCAAGUCAAAGACAGUCUUCUGCCGGACAAACAAAUCACGAUUACGAAAAGUUCUGGAAAAGUUAAAGUCAACAACUACAAUCUUUCUCUUCAAAAUAUUCCGGCAACUAAUGGAGUAAUUCAUGCGGUUGAGCAUCUCCUUUAAUCACUCAUUUUAAUAGGUAUUUAAGCCUUACAAAAUUUCAUUACGCGAAAAAAUUAAAUCCUAAUCAAAAAAGUAAAUAAUCGGUCAUUGUGAAAUAUUUCUAACUGUGAGAUCAAACAAGUAGAUUUCCAUCUAUUGUUAUUUAUCAGUAGGUAUCAAAUACUUUUCAAAAGUAAGAAUUUGGAUUGAAAUGUAUAUUUCUCUAUUUCAACGUUGUAGAUAAUUAUUGAACUGAUGAGUUGUGUAAAUGAGGUACAUAUUAUAUAA